GUAGCCAUGGACGCUCUUACCGAGAAUCGGCACACCGAUUGACAUACGGAAGGGCGGACAUGGCUUACUGGAUUAACAGAAUGACACGUGCUGUCAUAAAAUAGUCAACAGACACAUGUUUAAGAAUGGCGAGCAUAUCAAACAGGGUGUCCGAGGGAUGCCUGGACGAGCUUCCGUCCAUGGAAUCCUCCAUCGUCCGUGUUUUCUCGAGCUCCACGUUCACCGAUAUGACGGAGGAGAGGAAUUAUCUGAUGAAGAAGUCCAUUCCUAAAAUUCGAGAUUAUUGUUUCAUGAAAGGACUGACAUUUCAGCUUGUGGACAUGCGGUGGGGAGUUCGUGAUGAGGCUUCGAUUGACCACACAACAAACGAAGUAGUCCUAGAUGAGGUGGAAAAGUCUAAAAGGAUAUCGCGUGGACCCUACAUGCUG